CGGAAAGGCCGCGCAACGUUCACCGUUCGGCGGUGAUCGCGCGUUUCCGCAGUGAACCGGGGGAAAAAAAAAAUCGAGCACUUGUUCGCCCGGGUAUAGCUUAGCGAUCGAGUGUGUCGAGCUGUAUAUAGACCUUGACGCGAAUAACCAUUUGCCGCAGCACAUUUGACAGAGAGAGCUAGAGAGAAGGAAAAAAAAAAAAAAUAGAAAUUUGGACAGAAGCCGUGAAUACGAGUCUGCGUAUGCGAGACCUGCCGUCUAGCAAGAUAGCGUGUAUGCUGCGACCUUUCACUGGCUGUGUGUACGCCGUUGUUCGACAACGUGCGACCCGAUCCUUCAUUCCCGCGGGGGCCUGCGCAGCGCAUGCAUUGACACCGGCGGUAUGAGACUCUGUUGUGGCAGCUGCCUGCUGAGAACUAAUGGAGGGGAGCCCGAGGACACACUGCUGUUCGACCCCAAGCUUCUGGAAAGCCUGGACGCGGUCGAAGGCAUCAGCGUGGAGCUGCCCCCAACCGAACCUCCACUCAAAGUCCGGCCCCUGAGCUCUGGAGAUUACGACCGUGGCUUCCUGGACCUCCUCACCCAGCUGACCGUGGGUGGCGACGUGUCACGACAACAGUUCCUUGAUAGGUUUCGGGCAAUGAAGGCAGCGCCGGACACCUACUACGUCACAGUCAUUGAGGACACUGACCGGGGAGUGGUGAUUGCCUCUGCGACGCUCUUUGCGGAGCUGAAGUUCAUCCGUGGACUGGCCACGAGAGGUCACAUAGAAGAUGUGGUUGUCUCAAGCGAGUACCGUGGUCGCAAUCUGGGCAAGCUCCUGAUCCAGACGCUAGUACGACUUGGCAAGCGGCUUGGCUGUUACCGGCUCACUCUCGACUGCAAGGACACCGUGGUCAAGUUCUAUGCCAACAAUGGAUUUGCCCUUGAGACUGGGAGUGCCAACAGCAUGAGUCUGCGCUUUGUUGCCCAGUCUCAACAGCCCAGUGACGCUACCACCCAGUGAUAGCAGGCUCACUCUUUGUUUGAAAGGAAAGAAAAAUGAGAAGAAAAAGAGAGCAGCGAUGAUUUUUUUUUCUGCUCUGGUUGUAUAAAACAUGCAUGGCCCAACUGUUUCACAAUUCAUUGCUUCAAGACGACGCAUCCUUGAUACAUGAAUGUAGCUAACGCAUGCCUGUGUUGGAUUUGCUGUUCAUGCUUGAAUGUACUUUGCAGCUGUUGACACAGCUCUCAGAGAUGGCACUGAUGAAAGAAACCACUCAGUG